CUCCGCCCAAGGAAGGCCUAUCUCGCGACCCACCAUCCAGCACCGUCGCUGCUGGGCCAGCUGGAACACGCACUCAUUCGCCGAACCUUUUCCAAGUUUCCAGAAUUGCCCGCUGUCGAUGGAGAAGGAAUCCACGUUGAGGAGGUUUUAGUGCGUACAAGUGGCACGCACAAUCCAUAGUAGCAGCCUCUUGCUAGACUCCAGAGAGGUAUGUAACUACCCCAUUAUUGUGUAGGAGACAAGUCAACCCAAUUGAAGAAGGAAAGCACAAGACAACCCGAUAAGACAUUGCGGGAGAGCAUGGCCAUGACCAACGUGCAUGAUUUCAAUAAACUCAAUAAACUCGUGGUCUUGUCUGGGGGAAAAGCAGACUUCGACCCAAAGGAGAAUGUCUGCGCGAGGUUGCAUCCGGCGGUGCUCAACCCCCAUUCCCACCCCCUCAUCUUGACUGUUCCUUUUACCUAAAGAUUUUCAGUCUUGGAACAUAAUUCGAUUAGAUUCACUAUCAUCAUCAUUCGUUGCCUCUCUUAUCAGCGGGCAAAGAUGGCCAGUUGACAAGGCACCAUACAUAAUCUCUCGACGUGCAUAUGCAUCCCCAGCCGUGUUGGUCGUACCUUAAA